UGGAGGGUGCGCUUGGCGGCGGCGGCGGGAGCUGCGGAGUCGGGAAUCAAAACAAAGGGCCUGGGGGGGGGCGGGGGAAAGGCGGUGGGCCGGAAUGUGAGCGGUGGUGGAGCUGUCGGCUGAGGGUGGAAGAAUGAAAGAAAAGAAAGAUGAAAGAAUGUUGAACCACUUCGUGUGGCUGUAUGAUGGAAGGAAACAGAACUGAGAACUCCAGCAGUAGAACACUUGGAUGGCUUCAACAAGAUAAUGACGCUAAGCCAUGGCUUUGGAAAUUCUCUAAUUGCUUUUCUCGUCCUGAGCAGACAUUGCCACUUAGUCCCCAAACGAAAGAGUACAUGGAGAACAAGAAAGUUGCUGUGGAAUUAAAGGAUGUACCAUCUCCCCUUCAUGCUGGCUCUAAACUUUUUCCUGCAGUCCCACUUCCAGAUAUUCAUUCUCUUCAGCAACCUAAAAUACAGCUUUCAGCUGUCCCCAAAGUAAGCUGCUGUGCUCAUUGCACUAAUGAACCCUCCACUUCACCAAUGCAUUUUGGUGGUGGCGGUGGCGGUGGCGGUGGCGGAGGUGCUGGUAGCUUGAUUCACACGGGCACACUGUUAGACUCGCAAAGCACCAGGACAAUCACGUGUCAGGUAGGGUCAGGGUUUGCUUUCCAGUCUGCAUCUUCACUCCAGAAUGCCUCAGCUAGGAACAAUUUGGCCGGCAUUGCAAGUGACUUUCCCAGCAUGUGUCUAGAAAGUAAUGUAUCUUCCCGCCAACACCUGCCCUGUUGUGGAAAGCUCCAUUUCCAGUCAUGCAACGGUAACAUGCACACGCUGCAUCAGUUCCCGGCUCUCCAGGGCUGCACCUCCGCUGGCUAUUUCCCCUGUUCUGAUUUCACAAGUGGGGCUCCAGGGCAUUUGGAAGAGCACAUUUCACAGUCGGAGCUAACGCCUCACUUGUGCACCAACUCUUUGCACCUAAAUGUGGUCCCUCCGGUGUGUUUGAAGGGCUCCCUUUACUGCGAAGACUGUCUAAACAAGCCGGCAAGAAAUAGUGUUAUUGCUGCUGCUAAAGUCUGGCCAAAUAUACCACCUCCAAAUACCCAGACCGCACCUGUUACUAUUCCUCUGUGUAAUGGCUGUGGAACCAAAGGAACGGGGACGGAGACCACGUUGUUACUGGCGACCGGUCUAGGGAAAGCUGCUGCAAAAUUUGGGUCACCGGAAGUCGCGCUAGCUGGACAGGUGCUAGAAAACUUACCCCCCAUUGGAGUUUUUUGGGAUAUUGAAAACUGCUCAGUUCCUUCAGGCCGCUCAGCGACUGCUGUUGUACAGAGGAUCCGUGAGAAGUUUUUCAAAGGCCACAGGGAAGCAGAAUUCAUCUGUGUGUGUGACAUCAGUAAAGAAAACAAAGAAGUUAUUCAAGAGCUCAAUAAUUGUCAGGUAACUGUUGCCCACAUCAAUGCUACUGCAAAGAAUGCUGCUGAUGAUAAACUCCGCCAGAGUCUCCGAAGGUUUGCAAAUACGCACACUGCUCCAGCCACUGUGGUUCUUGUGUCAACUGAUGUCAAUUUUGCAUUGGAACUUAGUGACCUGAGACACAGGCAUGGUUUCCAUAUAAUUUUGGUCCAUAAAAACCAGGCCUCAGAAGCACUACUGCAUCAUGCUAACGAACUGAUCAGAUUUGAAGAAUUCAUUUCCGACUUGCCCCCCAGGUUACCACUAAAAAUGCCACAGUGCCACACUCUGCUCUAUGUUUAUAACCUCCCAGCGAAUAAAGAUGGCAAGAGCAUCAGCAACAGGCUCAGACGCCUGUCGGAUAACUGUGGUGGGAAAGUGCUGAGCAUCACAGGUUGCAGUGCCGUCCUCCGCUUCAUAAACCAGGACAGUGCAGAACGGGCUCAGAAGCGAAUGGAAAAUGAAGAUGUCUUUGGGAACAGGAUCAUUGUGUCCUUUACUCCAAAAAAUAGAGAACUCUGUGAAACAAAAGCUUCAAAUGCAAUUACUGAUAAAGCGAAGUCUCCCAAAAAACUUAAGAAUCCAAAAUUGUGCCUCAUCAGAGAUGCAAGUGAACAACCUUCCAGUGCCAAAGCCAUGCCUGGAAAAGGGUCGCAGGCGCAUUCUGGAUCUGCUACAAAAAACACAAAUGUGAAAAGUUUACAGGAGCUGUGCCGCAUGGAGUCGAAGACUGGCACUAGAAGCUGUGAGCCCCCGCAGGCCAACCUGAGACUGGUGGCCCCUCCGCACAGAAACCCGGGUGCUGUGGCGCCCACACCGAAAAACUCCGGGAUGGCAGACUCCAUUUACAGAACCAAUCCUAAAAAAGAGAACCUCAGUGCCCAAAGUGUUACCAGUUCUCCUGUGGAGAAAAAAGACAAAGAGGAGACUUUGUUCCAAGUGAGUUACCCAUCUGCUUUCAGCAAGUUGAUUGCAGCAAGGCAGGUCGGGCCUCUGCUCGCGUCUCCGCCUUGGUCUCGAGCAUCUCCACUUGCUUUCAACGUUGCAAAUUCAAGCAUUGGUGCCAACUGCUCAGACACAUUUGCAAAUGGUGCUGACAUCCAGAUCAGCAACAUAGACUACAGAUUAUCCCGGAAGGAGCUGCAGCAGCUCAUGCAGGAAGCAUUUUCCAGACACGGCAAGGUGAAGAGUGUUGAGCUCAGCCCCCAUACAGAUUAUCAGCUCAAGGCUGUUGUUCAGAUGGAAAACUUACAGGAAGCCAUCAGUGCGGUGAAUAGCCUCCACAGAUACAAAAUUGGCAGCAAGAAGAUCCUGGUCUCACUUGCCACAGGAGCUGCUAAUAAAUCACUCUCUUUACUGAGUGCAGAAACAAUAUCUGUUCUUCAGGAUGCUCCCGCCUGUUGUCUGCCUCUUUUUAAAUUUACAGAUAUCUAUGAAAAGAAGUUUGGACACAAGUUAAAUGUUUCAGAUUUAUAUAAAUUAACAGACACGGUUGCAAUCCGUGAACACGGAAAUGGAAGGCUGGUGUGUCUCUUACCCAGCAGUCAGGCCCGACAGAGCCCCCUGGGGUCUUCCCAGUCACAUGACGGCUCCUCAACGAAUUGCAGCCCAAUUAUAUUUGAAGAGUUAGAAUAUCACGAGCCUGUCUGCAGACAGCAUUGUUCCAAUAAAGACUUCAGCGAACAUGAAUUUGAUCCGGACUGUUACAAGAUUCCUUUUGUGAUUCUCUCUUUGAAGACGUUUGCGCCCCAGGUUCAUAGUCUUCUGCAGACACAUGAGGGCACUGUGCCGUUGUUAAGCUUUCCAGAUUGUUAUGCCGCAGAGUUUGGUGAACUAGAAGUGGUGCAGGAAAACCGAGGGGGUGUUCCCUUAGAACACCUCAUCACCUGCGUUCCAGGUGUCAACAUCGCCACUGCACAGAACGGCAUCAAAGUAGUUAAAUGGAUUCACAACAAGCCCCCACCUCCAAACACAGACCCUUGGCUUCUGCGUUCCAAAAGUCCUGUGGGUAACCCCCAGCUGAUCCAGUUCAGUAGAGAAGUGAUCGACUUACUGAAGAGCCAGCCAUCCUGUGUCAUACCGAUCAGUAAUUUCAUCCCGUCCUAUCACCAUCAUUUUGCAAAGCAGUGCCGGGUCUCAGACUAUGGAUAUUCCAAGCUGAUUGAAUUAUUGGAAGCAGUGCCUCAUGUGCUGCAGAUUCUCGGAAUGGGCUCCAAACGUCUGUUGACCCUUACACACAGGGCCCAGGUGAAGCGCUUUACUCAGGAUUUACUCAAACUCCUCAAGUCCCAGGCCAGCAAACAGGUCAUUGUGAGAGAAUUCUCACAGGCAUAUCACUGGUGUUUCUCAAAGGACUGGGAAGUCACCGAAUAUGGGGUUUGUGAGUUGAUUGAUAUCAUAUCAGAGAUUCCAGACACAACUAUUUGCCUGUCCCAACAAGAUAACGAAAUGGUGAUCUGUAUCCCCAAAAGAGAACGUACUCAGGAUGAAAUAGAAAGGACAAAACAGUUCUCGCGGGAUGUUGUUGAUUUGCUGAGGCACCAGCCCCAUUUCCGGAUGCCCUUUAAUAAGUUUAUCCCCUCGUACCAUCACCACUUUGGCCGGCAGUGCAAACUCGCGUACUACGGGUUUACAAAACUACUUGAACUUUUUGAAGCCAUACCGGAUAUUCUACAAGUAUUGGAAUGUGGAGAAGAAAAAAUCCUCACCUUGACAGAGGUGGAACGAUUCAAAGCUCUAGCCGCCCAGUUUGUUAAACUGCUUCGGUCCCAAAAAGAUAACUGCCUCAUGAUGACAGAUCUGCUCACAGAAUACACUAAAACUUUUGGUUACACUUUUCGUCUCCAAGACUAUGAUGUCAGUUCAGUUUCAGCUUUAACACAGAAACUCUGCCACGUUGUAAAGGUUGCAGAUAUUGAAUCUGGCAAACAGAUCCAACUGGUCAACCGCAAGUCCCUACGCUCCCUCACUGCCCAGUUGCUGGUACUGCUGAUGUCUUGGGAAGGAGCCACCUGCCUUUCUGUUGAUGAGCUCAAGAGACACUAUGAAACUACCCACGGCACUCCUCUCAACCCCCGCGAAUACGGAUUCCUGACUUUGACCGAACUUCUGAAGAGUCUGCCUUACUUAGUCGAGGUUUUCACUAACGAUAAGGCAGAGGAGUGUGUGAAGCUCACAAGUCUGUAUUUGUUCGCCAAGAAUGUGCGGUCUUUACUGCACACUUACCACUACCAGCAGCUUUUCCUUCAUGAAUUUUCCGUGGCCUAUACCAAGUACGUCGGAGAAACACUGCAACCCGAGGCUUACGGCUACAGUAGUGUGGAGGAGCUCCUGGCAGCCAUCCCCCAGGUGGUCUGGAUAAAAGGACAUGGGCACAAGAGAAUUAUAGUGUUAAAGAAUGACAUGAAAAGUCGUCUGAGUUCACUCUGUAUUUCCCCAGCCGAUCAUGAAAACCGGCCCUCAGCUACUGAGUGUCUCCUGGAGGUGCCCGAAUGUCGCCCAGCCUCAGAGCUCAGACAUGGAGCAGGGCCCCGUCACAUGGAGCGGGAGCUUCUCCGCCUGGCCAGCGACUCCCCUGUGGACCUCCUGUGUGCACCCGUCCCUUCCUGCCUGCCGUCCCCUCAGCUGAGACCAGAUCCUGUCACCCUCCAGUCUGCUGAUCUCAUUCAGUUUGAGGAACACCUGCAAGAGCCUUCUGAAGUUACGAUUCUAACCCAGGAAGAGAAAGUUGGAGUCCCAGUACCAGGAAAUAAUGAAAAGCCGACCCCCGGCUGCCGCUCCUCUCGCGUCCCAGCCACCGUCUCGGUGCCCGCCUGCCCCCCGGACACCCCGGAGCCCCAGCACAGCAAAGACCCCGUGGAAAGCCCUGCCAAAAAGCAGCCCAAAAACAGAGUGAAACUGGCAGCCAACUUCUCCUUUGCACCUACAACUAAGCUUUGACUCAUUUUGAACAUAGCAUUAGGAUGGGAAAACACUGUCUGAUUCUGCACACAAAAGCGGGCUCAAAAAACACAACCUCUGUUGUUUUAACGAAAACCGCCCAGAAGCCACUUCCUUCAUCUUUAGGUGUAUUCUAUAAUGUUUUGUUUCUUUUACAUUGAACACAGCCUUGAGCUGAAGUUUUUCUUUUUCCCCCCACAGUUAAAAAAAAGACAAAAACUAAAACCAAAAACAAACAACAAAAACUGGCAUUUGUUAAAAAAUCCUUAAUAUAUUUUACCAAAUUCUUCUUAAUUAUGAAAUAUGAUGGUGUUCCAUAAGAAGAAAGCAGUAAGAACUCAGCUUGAAGGAAGUGGUUUUACUUCCCUUAAGACACAUCAGUGGUGUAAUCCUCCGUGUAGCGUAAUGUAGUCUAUAAGCCUUUGCUUACCGAUGUUCCAGACAGUAUUAAUCAUAUGCAUGACGUGUCUUGAAGCAAAGCCUGUUCAGUGACCCUGCGUGUCCGCACACCGAAGGAGGGUGGGCCGGGAGGUGAGGAUGUAUUUUCAGGGUGGAUAUGAAGGUUCCUGGCUCCCACGUGACUUGUAAGCGUGCCUUGUUUUUUAUUUAACUAUGUCCGUAGUUGACAAAUGUGGCUUCAUCACAAAAUCUUUUAAAUGUUUCCACUUUGGGGUUCCAUUUAGGAGCUUUCUAGAAAGUUGCGAGUGUUUUAAGCUUCCCUUUUAUGCUAAGUUCCAGGGUGAUACGUAUCAGGUUAAGGAAAAGGAGAUGGUCUUGGUGUCAGGCAUUUGAAGUCAGCAUCUGAAUUCCAGCACACGUUAUCGUGUGUUGAGAGGCGGUGUUGGGAAGAGAGUCUGAUUUCCUAAAAUAUGCAUCAAGUGCAUAAAUUACAAAUCAGAGCUGAGGGGUGAGAUGCUUUAACAGGAGUGGUAUCAAUACUCUUUCCAAUUGGAAGACACGGAAAUUCUAUCCACACAUAGGAAGGCCAAGGUUGAUCGACUUAACCUUGUUUUUGUAAUUUUAAAGCUGGUUUUGGUAGCUGGGAAGCUUGAUGUGUAUGUGUUUGUGUAUCUUUUAAUAGUGUCUGCUUUUACUCUGUUACUUCUCGCUGUUGGAAGCAUGUUCAGGAUUUUUGUGGUGUCUGAUGUUGGCAUUUGGGGAAAGCCAGCCUUAAAGGGAGCACUGCCCUAUGGAAUGACCUCCGCCCCAAGGUGGCUGAGGCAUCCGGUGAUGGGUGGCCUCUCACCCCUCCUGGAGAAACCUGACAUUUACAAUGGGUUGUAUUUGUUGGGCAAAAAGGCGGAUUCGUUCAUAGAGCAGAAAAAACCUGUUGGCAAAAGGUCUUCCACUAGUUAGGUGGUUUCUUUGGGGGAAAUGUUUAUAUUUUGUAAUUUCUAGAAAGCCAGAAAAUGGGCUCUGAUUUCAUAGCCAGCAUUUUGAUAAAAUGCCACAAAAUAAGGGCUAUAGAGAGAUUUUUACAAGUUAGAUUUUUGUUCCCCAAAUCUUUUAAAUGAAGCCAGUGAUUCCUAGUUCUCAGCACGUGGCCCCACUCAGGGUGGAAUGGCUCUGGAAAAGCCUCCCAAGCGCAAUGGCACUCUGAAUCCCUCUGAAGGCACUUCCUCUGCAGACACAGUGUGACAGGCAGAACGAUGCAGACAUGCAGUUUUUUUUUAAGAAGCUUUUAAACAGUCAUAUAGUUGAUGUUGAGAACAUCAGUUGCCUUAUUCUGAGGCUUCAUCAGGCUGAGUGUGCACACUUGGACUUUAGUUUUGCUCGCAUGCGAAGAAUCGUGGACUGUAGCAACCUAAGGGGCACCAUUACAAGUCACUGGGGACGGUCCCGGGGAGCAGUUCCUUUGGGCAGCAGAGAAGAGACUGAAGCCGUGCGCUGUCAGGCGCGUGCGGUCACACCAUUGGCUGGAGUCACCAGUCCGCCUGGGACGCACGUGUGACUCACAGUCGCUGUUUGAAGAUAGAAUACAGCGGAAGCUCGUUGUGUUCGUAAUGUACUCCACAAUGGCCAGUCUAAUCGCUAUCUAUUUUUUUAUCCAGAGGCUUAAUUAAAUGAUGUGACAAAAUGAUGUAUGAGAAUUAAGACAAUGAAAUUCUUUAUUUCCGAGUGGAAAGAUGAAUCGGAUGAGAUGUAUCUGUUUAAAAAAAGAGAAAAAUUAUCACCAGAACCCCCUUUCCCAUCUUGCACUUUUUGUUUUCGAUCGGGUUUAGGGGAAGAGAUGUUUUUUCUUAACUGUCUACUUUGUUUGAACACUUUUUUUUUUUUGUGAUUCAAGUGCUGUUUUGUGUGUUGGGACCAAACAGUUGUCAAUAAACUUUACAAGCAAGCAUCUA